AACGCGAGAUCAACCAAUAAACACUUUGUUAAGUAAGAGCCUCCUACGGGACAGGCACUAAGCUAGCCUGUUCUCAAAGCGUUUAUAACCUAAUGAGGGAGAGAAUAUGCAAAUAUAUGCAAAGCAGGCUAAAUGCAGGAAAAAUAAGAAAUGGAUACUGAGGGAAGUCUCGGGAGAAGGAACAAAGAGGAGGGGGAAAGGAAAUGAAGAAGCGGAGCUCGGAGACCUAAGAGGACGCGGUAGGAGGCGCCAGGGCAGACCGUGCCCCAGAUUACAAUCGGGUCGGGGAAAAAACACGUGGAGUGACUAUCCACUGGAGGCGGGACAAACGCAGAGGCUCUAGAGGAGUUUAAGUGAACUGAGUCUGAGCCAAUGGGACGUCGACAAGGGGAGGGGUCAGCGGAAAAGCAGCAUUCUGAUUGGCCGUGUGUGAGGCACGGAGGGCGGGCGGAGCGCGGGCAUGGAGGCUCUGCAGCGGCUGCUGAGUCCUGGCGCAGGGGUCGGCGGAGGAGAUUGUGUCGCGGGGGAGGGGAGCGGCCUUCUGCUGCUAGGGGAGCCGGGCUCCGGGAAGACGGCGCUGCUGUUCGCGGCGGCCCUGGUGGCAGCGGGGGAGGGCCGGGGCCCCGUGCUCUUCGUGGCUCGGAGGGCCCUCCAGAGCCUGCCCGCGGGAUGGAAGGCCGGAGCUGCUAGGGACCCGCUGAGGCUUCAGAAAAUCCACUUCCUGUAUCCUCCCUCCUUGCGUGAGCUGCUGCAGCUCCUGAGCUCCAUGCAUGAAACGACAGCCCAGCCUCCCUCCCUCCUGCUCCUGGACGGGCUGCACGAGUACUUGGCAGAGGCCUCCGGACCCCAGGCGUGGGCCCACCUGGCAGCCCUGCUGGUGGACACGGUUGCUUACUUCUCCGGCUGCUUAAGCAGGGACUGCGGGCUCCUGGUCACCAUGCUCAGCCCCACCGAGGCCGAAAUGGAGGCAGCUGCCCUCCAGCUGGCAGUGCUCCAGAGAUACUUGCCCAAGUGCCUCUGGCUGGGCCCUGAGCCCUCAGACCUGGCCAAGGCGAGGCCUCAGGACUCCGGACCCUGCUUCAGGGCCCGCCUUUCUACCGGGCCAGGCUGCCCCAGACAGGAAUGGUGCUUGAGUUUUGGACUCGAUGGCAAGAUGGCCAUUUCCCCUGUGACUUGUCAGGCAGCUGAGCAUCCCCCUCAGAAGCCUGAAACCAGCAGCUCCAGCUGAGACCUUUGGCCUGGGACAGGAGCAGCUUUCAGGGGGCUGUGUACCUGAGUGCAGCUGUCUGGGUGGGGGAAGGCCCCAACCUGGGUCUUGGGCAGUAUGCCAUUGCACUCUCUGAUAUCUCCAAUAAGUUUUCUAGGCCGGGCCCAGGAGUGAGGAGGGGCCCUCACACCAUGCUCUCUGCCUGGGGUUGUAAGCCAGGGCUGUGGAUGGAUCUCUGGAGCCCGGGCAGCAGAAAGGGCUGAAGAAAGGUGGCU